AAAAGAGAAAUCAAAUUGUUGAAAUUAGUCGCUACAAAAUUGGUGAGUGAUCCAAAAUGAAGGUUUUUAUUUGCACUGUUCUUGUCGCCAUUGCUUCUGCAGCUAAUGGGCAAAUUAUUCAACAUGAUCCUUCUUCUCGAGGUAUGUUAGGAAACGAUUUAGGAGCUUUAGGAGGUUAUGGAGGUUUUGGAGGUGUCGGUGUUGCCGAUGCUAGUAGUAAUAGAGCAUUAUUAUCUGAUGCUUUAAACAAAGCAUUAAGUGAUAAUAGCUUACGUGGCUUAUCUAAUGCAUUCGCCGGCUACGACAGCAGUUACAGGCGAGUAUACCCUUUUGAUAAUCCUUCAGCUUUAGCAAACUUUGGAUCGGCUAAAGGAUACAAUGGUUAUGGAUCUUAUCACGGUUACAGAGCAUUAGGUGCAGGCAAUAAUUUAAUUGGGGCCAGCGAUUACUACAGGGGAUUAAGUGGAUAUGGUAGCAACAGUGGAUAUGGUGGUUAUGGAAGUUAUGACCUUUACAGAGGAUUAAAUGGUUAUGGUAACAAUAAUUUAGGAGGUUAUGGAGCUUAUGAUGCUUACAGGGGAGUAAACGGAUAUGGCAAUAACAUUUAUGGUGUAUCCGAUGCUUAUAGAGGAUUGAGUGGAUAUGGCAACAAUAAUUUUGGAGUUUAUGACAACAUGGGGAGAAAUAAUUGGGGUUUAAGGGACAGCCAGAAAGCAGGUCUUUCCGGGAGAGCUUUAUUAUAUUCAGGGUAUUCAUAUGGACCAUAUAGAAAUGGAUAUGGAGCAAUCAGAACUGGUUACCCAUAUUAUUAGAAAGUAGAAUUGAAUGCAAUCAAGUUCAUAAAAAUCAAGAAUAUCCCUUUCAAUUUCGACCCAUAAAAAUGUCAAAAUCAAUGAUGAAAAUCCAAAACUAUGUACAUACAUUAAUUUUGUACGGUUUUAAAAUAAAUAUAAACCUAAA